CUGGCACUGCUCGACAAGAUCCCCAACAACCACCUCAACAAAAUCGAAAAAUUCUCAUACUCACUCAUAGAAAGCUUUCAAAUUGAGCACACGAAGCAAAAACCAUGUUGCCUCGAGAGUUUAUUGUGGCAUGGAUGCUUGUGUUCCUUGUGAUCUUUCCCAACAUCUUCAACCCUUGCACGUGCCAACUCGAACCUCGUUGGGCAGCUAAGAAGAGACACGUUAUGAGAGAGAAGGUUCGGAAGAUGUUUUACCAUGCAUAUGACAACUACAUGACCCAUGCAUUCCCGCAUGAUGAGCUCAAGCCUCUUACUAAAUCUUUCACUGACUCUCUUAGCGAGCUGGGAAAUCUGAGGCUUGAACACUUACCGCAAGACUAUAAUGGAUCUGCUCUCACACUUAUUGAGUCAUUAUCCAGCCUUCUUAUUAUGGGUAACAGCACUGAAUUUGAAAGGGCAGUACUUUGGCUUUCUCAAAAUAUAACAUUCCAUGUUGAUGCAAGGGUAAAUCUUUUUGAGUGCAACAUAAGAGUUCUUGGAGGACUAGUUUCUGCUCAUAUACUUGCAACUGAUUCUACAAACAGGUUGGUUCAUGGUGCUUACAAGAAUCAGCUGCUUAUCUUGGCUGAAGAUUUAGGGAAACGCUUUCUACCUGCAUUCAAUACACCCACUGGGUUGCCAUAUGCAUGGAUUAACUUAAAGUACGGAGUGAUGGUGGAUGAGACUACUGAAACAAGCACUUCUGGGUGUGGUUCUCUGAUUCUUGAAAUGGGAGCCUUAUCACAAUUAACUGGUGACCCCACAUACGAAUAUGUAGCUAUACGUGCUCUUCGUAAAUUAUGGAGCAUGCGGAGUUCACUGAAUUUACUUGGAACAACGCUGGAUGUGGUAACUGGGGAUUGGAUAGAGUAUUCAGCUGGAAUUGGGGCUGGGGUUGAUUCAUUCUAUGAGUAUCUAUUCAAAGCUCACAUUCUUUUUGGAAAGGAGGAGUUUUGGCGAAUGUUCCAUUCUGCUUAUCUUGCAGUGCAGAAAUAUUUUAGACACGGUCCAUGGUAUCAUGAAGCUGAUAUGAGAACAGGAAAGGCUACUUAUUGGCAGCUUACAAGCCUUCAAGCAUUUUGGCCCGGCCUGCAGGUUCUUGUUGGGGAUAUUGCAGCAGCUAAUUCAUCACACCGUGAGUUUUUCCAUGUAUGGGAGAAGUUUGGAGUUCUACCUGAGAGGUAUUUGCUGGACCAUCAAAUGUUGCAUCCUACAGAAAAAUAUUAUCCUUUGCGCCCCGAAUUGGCAGAGUCAACAUUCUACUUAUAUCAAGCCACCAAAGAUUCGUGGUACUUAAAAGUGGGUGAAUCGAUUGUUAAUUCUCUUAAUUUAUACACCAAAGUGGAAGGGGGAUUUGCAAGCGUUAGAGACGUGACAACUAUGCAGUUGGAAGAUCACCAGCAUAGUUUUUUCCUCGCUGAAACGUGCAAGUACCUCUAUCUUCUGUUUGAUGAUUCAUUUUUGGUUGAUCGGAAUUAUAUCUUCACAACCGAGGGUCAUCCCCUUCCAGUAUUAAGAGAUUGGCAUGACAGGCUUCCAGAAAGCUAUAUUUCAACUAACUGGAGUUUUGCCCAGAGUGAAAAGCAAGGCAGGCGGACAAGUGCAAUGUCUUUACAAGUCUGUCCUGCUAAUGAUAACCAACAGGUUGAGAGCGCUUGCCACAUCACUGAUGCUCGUGCUGACCACAGGUGUUUUACUGAUGAAGAAUGUGGAGUUGAUUCGACUACAUGCAGACGAAGGUCAUGCAGCAUGGCUGGGUACUGUGGGUUGUGGUUACUCGUGUAAUACCUUGUAAUAUUCAAGAAAUAAGUGAAGUUUUCUGAAUUAUAAUAACUUUGGUCCACAGAGGUAAAUAAUCGGGCAGGUCUGUACUAACAGCCAUUUGAGAAAAUAGGAAAAUGAGAGAUUAUAGGGAUACUUAUUACUUCGUAUAGAAAAUUUUCAAUGCAAACUUUUUUUUUUUGGGGUGGUGGAUAAAAAUUAAGUUGCUCUGCACAUUAUGUAUCAAAUUGGGAAUGUUACAAGUUCUAUUGAGGGAGUUCUCUUUCGCAGAGACU